GAGGAGGCCUGCUUCGACUGCCACAUCUUGAACCGCGACGUCUGGAAGGACUAUCGGGUGGCCGACCUGAUCAAACGCAAUUUCGUCUUCGUUCAGUACGCCAGAACUCUGUUCUCAACAGCAGUCGCUGCUGGUGUGCGGCUGCUUAUUCGCCAGACCCAGGAGCCUGCUUAUUUUGCAGCCAACCUUCGCUAUACGCCACUUAUGGUUGCACCAAGUAGCCAGCGGUUAGGCUAA